UAACACCUCCCACCCCUUCCCGAUUUGCCACGCCCCCAGGCGGUGUGCGGUGCGGGGAGGGAGGGCCGCGAGCAGUGGAGAGGACGAAGGGUGGAACGGCGAAGGAGAGAAAUGGCUCCGGGGCUUCCAUUCUUUCGGCAGGACCCCCACCCCGGCCUCUGCUCGGCAAAGCCGCCCAGCUGUUUCUGAUUCUUUCCUACUCGCAGCCCCGCCCCAGGGGGUGGGGGACCAAGGCACCGGGGGAGCCGGGGAAGACGAAGCUCUGCUGAGUCCGGGCUGUAACGGGCCGGGAGUCCGCAUCCGGUCCGCAGGUGUGCCCCCUCUGUUUCGGCCACCGAUUGCGGGUCCCCAGGCCGGAGGGAAGCAGCAGGGCCGGAUAGGUGGACAGAAGCGAAAUCUAAAAGUUUUUUGGUGGGGUGGGGGUCGGAGGAACCGGGGCAACGAGCCCUAGAGGAGAGAAGUCCUACCUGGAGCCGGCUGCCCAGGGCGCCCUGUUGGCACCGCUGAUAAGGCAGUGGAGAUUCGCCCGCAACUUCCCGACUGUGCCCAUUUCACAGGAGCGCAGGAACGGAGAGAGGACCCGAGGAAAUGUGCGCGCCCCUGUGCUCAGCUCCAGUGUCACUGUAGGUUAGCGGACAGGGGCAAGUAUCUGCAAGCCCCUGCUCCGCGCUCCCGGCCAUCGCCCACGUUACUUUGGGGCUGCCGAAUGCAGGGCGCUAGGACCCGGUGGCGCGGUGUCGGAUGGGACUGGGCGCUCUGGGCGCAGUGGGGCGCCGCUGCGCCCACCGCACCCCGCCAGAGCAGGUGGGGGAGCGGAGCGGUGCAGUGCCCCGGCGUCGAGGGGCGGAGGCGGCCGCCACACCUAGGGCGCAGCGGAGGGCCGGGGCUGCGCGGGCGGAGCCGCCUUGAGGGCCCCGCGUGUCCCCAGCUUCGGCCCCGCCCCGCGCCGUCCAAUGAGAGCCCGCGGCCGGAGGGGCUGUCCGCACACUCUACCCGCAGCCCCACUCCGCGCCGCCGACCCCCUGACACCGCACCCCGAGCGCCGCCGUCGGCUUCCAGACACAGCUCCCUGCGUCCCUCUCCGGGACCCCGCUCCCCGACUCCUGGAGCCCAGGUGCCCCUAGGUCCCCAGCCGACCGCGAGCCUAUGGCCCCCCAGGGGGGUGAGUAGGAGCAGCCUGAGUACCCCCAGCCGGUGCCGCGUCCUCGCCCCUCCGGGCCGCGCGGCAGGAGUCUUUGGGGAGCUAUGCUGAAGCCGGGUGGUGCGGAGGACGCCGCGCAGCUCCCCCCUCGGCGCUCCCGCGCCCCUGUCCCCGCGCCCGCGCCCAGACCCGCGGCCCCCGACGGCUCUCGGGCUUCAGCCCGCCUGAGUCUUGCCUGCUUGCUGCUGCUGCUGCUGUUGCUGCUGCUGACGCUGCCGGCCCGCGUAGACACGUCCUGGUGGUACAUCGGGGCACUGGGGACCCGAGUGAUCUGUGACAAUAUCCCGGGUCUGGUGAGCCGGCAGCGGCAGCUGUGCCAGCGUUACCCGGACAUCAUGCGCUCGGUGGGCGAGGGUGCCCGAGAGUGGAUCCGAGAGUGCCAGCACCAGUUCCGCCACCACCGCUGGAACUGCACCACCCUGGACCGGGACCACACUGUCUUUGGCCGCGUCAUGCUCAGAAGUAGCCGGGAGGCAGCAUUUGUAUAUGCCAUCUCAUCAGCUGGGGUGGUCCACGCCAUCACCCGCGCCUGCAGCCAGGGUGAACUGAGUGUGUGCAGCUGUGACCCCUACACCCGUGGCAGACACCAUGACCAGCGUGGGGACUUUGACUGGGGUGGCUGCAGCGACAACAUCCACUAUGGUGUUCGCUUUGCCAAGGCCUUCGUGGAUGCCAAGGAGAAGAGGCUCAAGGAUGCCCGGGCCCUCAUGAACUUACACAACAACCGCUGCGGCCGCACGGCUGUGCGGCGGUUUCUGAAGCUGGAGUGUAAGUGCCACGGCGUGAGUGGCUCCUGUACUCUGCGCACCUGCUGGCGUGCACUUUCAGACUUCCGUCGCACAGGUGACUACCUACGGCGGCGCUAUGACGGGGCUGUGCAGGUGACAGCCACACAGGACGGUGCCAACUUCACAGCAGCCCGCCAAGGCUAUCGCCGUGCCACCAGGACUGACCUCGUCUACUUUGACAACUCCCCAGACUACUGUGUCUUGGACAAGGCUGCAGGUUCCCUGGGCACUGCAGGCCGUGUCUGCAGCAAGACAUCGAAAGGGACAGACGGAUGUGAAAUCAUGUGCUGUGGCCGAGGCUACGACACAACUCGAGUCACCCGGGUCACCCAGUGUGAAUGCAAAUUCCACUGGUGCUGUGCGGUGCGGUGCAAGGAGUGCAGAAACACUGUGGACGUCCACACCUGCAAGGCCCCCAAGAAGGCGGAGUGGCUGGACCAGACCUGAACAUAUAAAUACCUCACUCAUCCCUCCACUUCAAACCUCCUGACUCGAAAGCACAAGAUCUUUGCAUGCACACCUUCCUCCACCCUCAACCCUGGGAUGCUAUAGCUUCUAUUUAAGGACUUGGAGCGUAAUCCGGAGGGACUCUGGUGUCCUGGCUGGUUCCCGAGCCCUGGGAAGGAGUUGACAGGGAAUGCGAGAAACCAAGCAGCUCUCUGACUGCCUGCUCUGGAGGUCAGAAGCGAUCUUCAGAGCAAAUGAGUUGCACUAAAGCACACAGUCAAGGCUCAUGUUUCUCUUCCCCUGCGCUGGCUUCCUGACACUCGUGUGUGUGCAUGAGGAAGGAUACCUGGAGAGAGCUUCCUUUCGUUCCCACCUGGCUGAGAGUGGAUGGGACAGAGAUGAAACCACAUAUCUCUUCCCUGGGUCAGUUUGAGCAGACUUCCUUGUACCCCAGAAGAAACUCUUAGGCUACAACAUGCGUCCAUUAUUGAGAGUUAGAUGAGAGUUAGCCACAGUGGACAAGGUUCCAUUCAUAUGCUCAUAUGUUUAUCAACUGCUGUGUUUUGUAAGGGAAAAAAUUAUAUAACUAUACAAACAUACAUUCUCUUCCAAUCUCUCUCCCCUUUUCAGUCUGUAUCAGACAGCACUGGCCCUUUUGCUCACUGGCUGCCCGUUCAAAGUGAGGGCAUGCCGUGGUACCCAUGCCUGCCAGAUCAUUAGAAUACCCGGAAACAUCCUGAGGAAGCAGGUGUAGUAAGUCUGUCUAGGCCUUGGAAUUUUAUUUUUUAAACUCUCCAUGCAUUUAAACUCUACAGCAUUUCCAUGCAUUACUCUGGUGGUCAGCAGGUGAGGGAACACGGAGAACAAGAUGUACGAUGCGUGGAGGUGGGGGAGGGGAGCAGUCCUGAUCUCAAGGGCCCACCCGAGGCACCAGUGCGCAGCAGGCGGGCAGACAGCUCUUGCUCUGGCAGUUUGCAGGAGAGGAUCCUCACCUUUGAGGCUGGGAGCGGGAUCCAGUGACUGUAGAGGGAAAGGGAGCAGGGCCUUGGGGCCACAGUGGUAAACGGCUUAGAAAGCAGCCUUUCCCCAUUUAUUCAACAAAUCUUUGUUCAGUGACUCUCCCAGUCCUGGUGAUCAUUGUUGUUCAAUAGGGAGUUCCUUCUAGGCUACUACCCGCUGCCUAACUAAGCUUGCAGUCACCGAGUCUCCAGACAUAGCAGAUAGUCAGCGAGAGGGUAUGACACUGUGAUGUCCUAUUUUUAUGUGAUUUGAACAGUGGUUAUUUAUCUCUUGCCUGCUGACAUUUUAAAGGAGCAGAGUAGUGUAGAAAUUUGCAGUUAUAACAGACAUGGGUUGGAAUCACAGCUGUUUUUGAUAUUUUGAAGCAAGAUACUCAAAUUCUCUGAGCCACUAUCUUCUCAUCUAUAAAAUGACAGUAUGAAACUAUCUUAGAUACUAAGUUUUAAUUAUGCCUCAAACUCCAGCCAACAGACACUCUUACCAAAGCCCCUUAACUGGUCUAGCCCAUCAAGACUUACUUCAGAACAAUAAAGUAUUGACAGCAGGCUGUG